AAUAAAAAUUAUUUUAUUUAUUAUUAAUUAAUUUUAAAUUGGAUGUAAAUUUUUGUAUGAAACCAUAUGUACAGUUUUUAACAAUAACAUUGACCAAACAGGCUCCAAUUUCUUCUUCUCCGAUGCAGGUGGUGUACAGUGCAAACAUGGCCUAGCGUUCGAGAUCUUCGUCACCCACGGGCUCCGGUUGCCUCCCAGCCUUAUCCAGCCACCUCCUCCCCCUUACAUCGAACCGCCUGGACCCGAUGCCGCCGAUUACGAUCACAGGUGGUUCACGUUCACUUGAAAAUGGCGCAUUGAGCGUUGCCACUGACGCGUCCGUGGUGCCGUGUGCGCUUAUCUUCGGGGCUGCCGCGAUCUUGCAGUUCUUCUAACCUCACACCCCGCUCCGGGUGGGAAUUGUAAUUUAAAAUUUUCCGUGGUGUUAGUUUGGUAAAUUCGAUAUACAUGUCGGCCGAUCGGUUUUGCUGAGGUGUUUCUAGGUGCAGCCGUGCAGGUUUAGUUUGAUUUUCCCGCAAAUUAAAAAAUAAAUCAAACGGCUUACG